AUGGUUACCCAGAACACUGUGAUAGAACAUGACCCUGGUGAUGUCACAGCGUUCUACGAAAUGGUUUGCUUUACCUAUUCUCUGAAUCCUGUGAGGGGUGACAGAAUCAAGCCUCGGUCUUCUGCUGAAAGAGACGGAAUCGGAGUUGCAAAAUGCCGGCGAGAUUUCGCGGACGCAAUCGCGUACUUUUGCGCACGCAGCUGCGACCCGGAUAAUGUCACUGCUGUGGCUGUAGGGAGGAAAGACACAAAAGUUGUCAUUUGGGUUGCAAGUAACGCAAAUGUUUCUCGAGAGGUGUUGGAAUUUCUGGAUAACGAUGUGCUCAACAUGGUACAGAGGCUCGCAAAAAUGAAGCAAGGACAGUUACCUUCAGAAGAAAAUAGGACGGUUACCAGGCUCUUGACCACCAUUACGGCAUGGAAAGCAAUUGGCGAAUUUUCGAAAUCUGAAGACAAGAUAACCACUGAUCCAAGUAUGUUUUACGACUGGUUUAAGAGGGAAUUCUACAAGAGCGGCGACGUGUUAAAGGAAUGUGACAUGCCUCGCCUUGCUAUCAGUUGUUUUUUUGCACAUACGGACGGGACAUUUGGAAUCCUCGAACAUCGUUCGAGCCAAGGCAAUGAAAAAGGACCUGAUUACGAGCGGCUAUAUAAGUUGCUCAGCAAAUUAGGCAAGCACGUUAGGCUUUUCGAAAGAAUGAUACACGCCAUUGAAGCUCUACGUCGUGACUUCUGCGAAGGCUUUGUAGUGGAGCCGAUUGCUGCGUCCAUUCCAAAACCUAACCCUCUUCCAAAGCUACACGAGCAGAGUAUGGGAAAGAUUGUGGCUCGCGUUUUUCAGGAAGAAGACGAAAGGCAUCAGUUUUACCAUCAUCUCAACCAAUUUUUUAAUAAGGAGUACAUAUCUCAGUCUCUGCAGCGGUGCAAGAAACGUCGUGCCCGAGUCCACGCAGAGAUCUUAUUGAUCGAUUUCUUCGACAAGUUUGACGCGAACUUUCUUGAUAACGACGACAAGUAUAUUGCCUGCAGCAAACCGGCAUGCUACCUUUGCUAUGAGUAUAUAUGCCAACACCCGGAUAAGUAUACACUACCUCCAACCCACCAAAAGCUAUACUAUGCUUGGUCUCUGCCCAUCGUACGAGUAAACGAUCGGAAUUGCAUUGAAAAAUUCGCUCGGCACAAGCGGUUCCUAAACCACGUUACAGAGACUCUUCAGUCCGAUCUUCGAAAAGAGGUGCAGAGGCAGCUAGCCCCAAGGAAAAACCAUGCAGACUCGACAGCAGGAGCAAGUUCAGUUUUCAAUACCGGUAGAGUAAGACCAACAUCGAAGAUCUAUGAGCACCAUAUCCGUGCUUUGACCCAAUUACUAAGUGAAGCAAAGAUAAGUGCCAAGUUCGAUGCUGGCCUUGAAGAUGAAGACGGAGGUGUUGUUCUUAAUUGUUGA